AUAGUGAAGGAGUAGGAGAAUCAAAGUCGGAGUGCCUUGCUUCAGAGUUUCUGCGGCAGUUCCCUGCUGCACUUCUCAAAGCUGUCUCCAUCAUAAUUUUCGGUGUUCAGUGCGUGUAGUUGAUGGUUGUAAGUGUGCGUGCGUGCAUUACUUCGGAUAAACCAGAAACCUAUUAUUGGAUAAUAUGCGACUCCAUGCUGCUCUGCUCAUUGUUUUCAUAAGAGAUUGGACAAGCUAUAGUUCGGCAAGCAGGCUGGGAUCCAACGAGCCGUUCCAGAAUGUGUCGAGAAGCUAUCGGCAGGCGCCUCCUUGGUCUGCCCCUGGCUACACCAUGAUGAGUGGGCCAUUUCCAAGCAGGAUAACUCCAGCAGGGGAUCGUUCCAGAUCGUCAUUGAUGUUUGACGGUGGAUACGAUCUCAGACGCCCCCAGUGGGCUCAAGCGCCAUCUUCCGACUACCGACCGAGGCGAGCCUACUCUCAGAGUGACGUCACACUGUGGCAUGAUGCGGGGCGCAGCAAUCGCAACUCCAAGAUCGCACCCGAGUUCCUUGCGCCCAACCAGCGCCCAGGGGCGGACGAUGAGUCGGGGCGCCUGCUUUCCAGUGACACCAUCGCUACCAUUUCGGAGACAUUGGGUGCUAUCAACACUGUCGGCAGGUAUUUGGUCAACUACACCCGGGCCAGCACUGCACCUGGCGAUAGGGUCGAUGCUGUUCAUACACCGCCAGUGGUGAGUUCGGGAGAGGAUUUACCAGGCGCCAUCUACACGAUCAGCAAGAACGUGUUGGGUCGCAAUGUGACGGAUAGCAUAGCACCGCUGGUGCGCGGCCUUCCACCACUAGUUGGCAGUACGGGCAAGGUGACGCAGACGCAAGCUGCGGCGGUGGGGGACGCGAAUGCGGCUUCAGGCGGGCCGCGUCCGUGCACGACCCCGGCCGGAGCCGCAGGCGUCUGCGAUGAUCUCAGCAACUGCCCGCAACUGCUGCUAAACCUCAGCAAUCUGCGCCAGUCCAUUUGCUUCAAGAGUCUCUUCGUGCCCGGGGUGUGCUGUCCAAAACGCGGCGACACGUUCAACGUGGGUGAUUAUUCGACAGAAAGCAGUAUUCCUGUGAUUCAUACGACAACAGCUGUGACCACAACAAGGAGACCUCCUAUUAUUUCGGCCACGAGUGUUCCACUGCAUCUGGUCACAAAACCCCCGACAACUACAUUCGCACCUUUCCCUGCUUUCAGCAAAGAAGAGAAGAGCCAUCCGAAACAGAUAGUAUUUGAAGGAACAACUCUGAUCAAGGCCCAAGUACGACCUCCAACAACCAGUGACGAGUCCAAAUCGAAAUCAUCAGAAGAGUCUGAAGAAGAAUUUGAUGACGACGAUGAUGAUGAAUCUGCAGCCGAUGACUUCUCACCAGAAAUACAAUUCUAUGAGCAAAGACAUAAGAGUUUGAAAAAUAUCAAGAAAAUGCCACGAGGUCGUCCAACGUAUGCAGUUCCUGUAGUGGAGGAGGAAACUAUGGAAUGCGGCCAACCGGAAGUGGCAAAGUUUCGAGUUGUAGGUGGCGAAGAGGCACUUCCGGGCCGCUGGCCCUGGAUGGCAGCCAUCUUCCUGCACGGACCGCGGCGCACUGAGUUCUGGUGCGGCGGCUCCCUCAUCGGACCCAAGCACAUCCUCACCGCCGCCCACUGCACCCGCGACACUCGCCAGAGACCUUUUAGCGCACGCCAGUUCACAGUACGACUGGGCGAUGUCGAUUUGCGACGAGAUGACGAGCCUUCGGCGCCGCAAACCUAUCACGUGACUGAAGUGAAAGCCCAUCCCCAUUUCAGUCGAGUUGGCUUCUACAACGACAUCGCCGUUAUGGUGCUCGAUCGGCCCGUGCGCAAGUCCAAGUACGUGAUUCCAGUGUGCCUGCCGCCGAAGCACCUCAGGGAUGAAGCGUUUGUGGGCCAAAGUCCUACUGUGGUCGGCUGGGGUACUACUUAUUAUGGUGGCAAAGAAAGCACAAUCCAGAGGCAAGCUGCCUUACCGGUGUGGAAAAAUGAUGACUGCGAUAGGACCUACUUCCAGCCAAUCACAGACAAUUUUAUUUGUGCUGGGUACAAGGAAGGAGGAAAGGAUGCUUGCCAGGGCGACUCAGGAGGUCCACUGAUGCUGAAAAAAGAUGCCCACUGGAUUCAAAUAGGAAUCGUUUCUUUUGGAAAUAAGUGCGGUGAGCCAGGCUACCCUGGUGUUUACACAAGGGUCACCCAAUAUCUGGAUUGGAUAGAUUCCAAUAUGGUGACAUGAGUCAACUAAUCCUAUGGUCCAAACAGAUUUGGAUUUGAGUUACCUCCAUUCAACUAGCUUUGCUUACAACGCGUUGUCUAAACCUAAGUCAUCUUCCUGAAGUAGUAACAAAAGGACAAUAUAUUAUUGAAUUAUUGAGAAAGCAAUUCUUAAUGAAAAGACUGCUAGGUAGAUAAAUCUUUUAGAGAGUGAUAUAUUUUGCCUGUUGUUAUGAUAUUCUGUGGCUAUAGCCAUAGUAGGGUAAACCAGCCCACGUUGGGACACCAAAAUUCAAACAGCUAUAAUUUGGACAAAAAUAGAAAAAUCUACAUUUUUUAAUUUUAUAUUUAUUAUAUUUAUUGUAUUUGCUUACAAUUUCAUCCUUGAGGAUGGCAACUGCAUUGAUCAUCAAUUGAUUUUUUUAUUGCAAAAACAAUUUUUCUGGGGAGUGUCCCAACCUGGGCUUAAGACCGGCCCACGAUGGGACAUCCCUUGCCCAGGUUGGGAUAUUGAAUUAAAAAUAAGCAAUUCAUUAUUUUUGUAAAUUUAUAACAUUUUAUUAUAAUUAUUGAUAGUAUAAAUACAUUUUUUGAUUUUUGUCAGUAAAAACUAUGACCAAAAGUCAUUUGCACAAAGUGUGUUUGCUACAUUACAGGCUAUAAUCAUAUAUUAUAUUUAUUUAUAAUUUAUUUCAUUGAUAUAUAGUCUACAUUGAGUAAAAUAAGAUUCAGAAGCAAUGCUCGUCGUUAUAAUAUGAGCAUAUAUCAUGAUUGCAGUGUCCCAAUGUGGGCUGUCCCAAGGUCGGCAGAUGGUCAUGGCUUUGUUUUAGACAGAAUAACUGGAUUAAAAAUAGAAGUACAAUAAUGUUCUAAAUGUCAAAAUAUCCAUAAAAUAAUAAUGAAUGCAUAUUAGCGGUAAGACAUACCUCAAAUUGUAAAUGUUUAAAGUGAAAAUUGAAAUUCCUCUUCUCAAAAAAAAACUUUGAGGUUACAAAAACAUGUUUUUAAUUUUUUCUCAAUAACGACUGGUGCUACAUCUGGAAUUAUUAUGUCUGUAAUCAAGGCUAUAGACAGCUGAUAAAACAUAGCAGUUGUUGCCAACCUAACACUCACUUAUUUCCCACAACUUGAAGUGUCCCAACGUGGGCUGGUUUACCCUACACUCUUUUUGUCAUGAUAUAGGUCAACAUUUCUCCUUUUCAUCUAUUUAUACAUUCUUCAUUUCAUAUUUUUCUGUUUUUAGCUUGAUUCAAAUUGAUACAGUACCUUAUUAUUAUUAAACGUUUACUUAAAACUUGUAUUAUAAUCCAUCGUAAUUCAGAUACCAGUUUCAAUAUUAUUUGUAACUUCAGUACCGUACCACAGCCUUUGCUGAUAAUUAUAUUAUACGGUAUAGGUACUAAUUUUUUCUUCGAAAAUUGACAUUCUAGAACAAAAUAAUGUUAUAGUGAUAAGAAAUUAACAUAUAAUUAGUAGGUAUCAAGUUGAAAGCGAUACCCAAAUCGUUUCAAGGCUUGUACAGGUUCAUAACUUAUUAUUUUAUUUUAAAUUAUUCACUAGUACCGUAUUCGAACUAUGUAGAAAAAUGUUGUUGACGUGAUAUUCCUCAACUUAACUUAUUAGUAUCUAUCAUCUACGGUUUCUUUAAUAGCGACAUUAUACAGACUUUUUGUCUGCAUUUCUAGAGUCAGUAAAAUCAUAUUUUAUAUUUUAAAAUUGAUAAAUACUCGAAGUAAGUUUAUAUUUUCCUAAAAUUUAUUUUGAAUGUGGAAGAAUAAAUUUUUUAACUCGGAUCGAUACUUUUAAAUGAAUUAUAGGCUGGAAAUUGUUUUGAAAACCUUUAUUUAAGUUACGUCUCCUCAAUUAUUAUUCAAUUAACUUAUAUACAAUAUAUGAAUGUAUAGCCUUUUAUGAAUAUUAUAAAAGAUAUGAGAAACUGUAAUUUUUCUCAACAGUUAGUUUGUUAAAUAUGCCGAAAAAGUUAAUGUAAAGUGCAUUGAAUUAUUAUUUAGUCAAUGAGUCAGAUUCCAAUGAAUAUUUUAAGUAAGUAGGUAACUUAUUUUGUCAUAUAUUUCUACAAGAUACUAUUUAAUAUUUAUGAUCAAUAAUAGGUUUAUCAAAUGACAAUAAUUUUUCAUUGAAUUAGUAUAAGUUUCUCAAUUGUUCAACUAAUUAGUAUAAGUGUCUCAAUUAAACAUAAGAGGAAUUUUAUAUUUAUUUUAAAAUAGAUCAUGUGUAAUGAGUUUACUCGAUGUCUAAUAUUAAUUUAAUUUGAAAUAAAUUCAUGUAAAUAAUGUAA